GCCUCAGCCACGCCCCAGCCAGCACAUAACGGGUCCUCCACGCCCCCUCGCUUCGUAUUUGAUUUCGGCGCGCGCCAUACCUGAGGGCGGCUGUGAUUGGUUGGAGGGACUUUCUGCUUUCUUAAGACCGGAGUCCGCGAUGGCCCGAAUAAAGGAAAGAGCUUCUACGUGUGCCGGGCAGACACGUGCAGUUUCGUGCGGGCCACCGACAUUCCUGUUUCUCAUUGCUUAUUGCAUGAGGACUUUGUGGUAGAGCUUCAGGGUUUGCUUCUGCCACAGGACAAGAAAGAAUACAGAUUGUUCUUCCGAUGCAUUAGAAGUAAGGCAGAGGGGAAACGCUGGUGUGGAAGUAUUCCAUGGCAGGAUCCUGAUUCCAAAGAACAUUCUGUCCCCAGUAAGUCUGAGCAUGCAUCUGAGACAUUUCAUCAUUCUUCCAACCGGCUGAGAAAUCCAUUCAAGGUACUUGACAAAAAUCAAGAACCAGCUCUCUGGAAACAACUCAUCAAAGGUGAAGGUGAGGAAAAGACAGCUGAUAAGAAGCAAAGAGAAAAGGGAGAUCAGCUUUUCGAUCAAAAGAAGGAACAGAAGCCUGAAUCGAUGGAGAAAGAUCUCUCAUCUGGCCUGGUACCAAAGAAGAAACAAUCUAUAGUUCAAGAGAAGAAGCAAGAAGAGAGAGCAGAGAUUCAGUGUGAGGCAGAGGAGACUGGAGGCACACACAAAAGAGACUUUUCUGAAGUUAAAUCUCAACAGUGCCAACAUAAUGAGCUUACAAGACCAUCUGCAUCUUCUCAGGAGAAAUCAAGUGGUAAGAGUCAAGAUGUCCAAAGAGAAUCAGAACCUCUGAGAGAAAAGGAUACCCAGCUUUUGCCUCAAAAUGUUCACAGUCACAGCUCAAUAAGCAAGCCCCAGAAAGGGGGACCCCUCAACAAGGGGUACAAGAACUGGGAGGCUAAAGAAACAAAGGCAAAGGAUGGCCCUAGCACACAGGCCACCCAGAAAAGCCUGCCUCGGGGGCAUUUCCAAGAGCAGCCGGAGACCCACGGUGUGCCUGCUCCUGGAGGACCAGUGGCUCAGGCUGCACCAGCAGCACCAGGGCUUUCCCUGGGUGAGGGCCGUGAAGCUGCCACAAGCAGUGACGAUGAGGAGGAAGAUGAUGUUGUUUUUGUUUCCUCUAAGCCUGGGAGCCCCCUACUCUUUGACUCGACUCUGGACUUACAGACGAAGGAGAACCUCCAGUUCCCUGAUCGAAGUGUGCAAAGAAAGGUAUCUCCGGCCUCAGGUGUUUCCAAGAAGGUAGAGCCCUCAGACCCAGCAGCCCAGCGUGUCUACCUUACAACACAACUGAAACAAAAGAAGAGCACACUGGCAUCAGUGAACAUCCAGGCUCUUCCAGACAAGGGUCAGAAGUUGAUCAAACAAAUCCAGGAGCUGGAGGAAGCGCUCAGUGGUCUUGCCCUUUCCCCAGAGCAAGGAACUAAUGAGAAGAGUAACAGUCAAGUGCCACAGCAGAGUCACUUCACCAAAACUACCACUGGCCCUCCCCACCUGGUGCCUCCCCAACCCCUUCCUGGUUGUGGUACCCAACCCGUGGGUUCUCUAGAACUAAAGUCUGCCUGCCAGGUGACUGCUGGAGGAUCUAGUCAGUGUUAUCAAGGUAACACCUAUUUGUAUGCACGCCAUACAAACCAAGAGCACGUUCACGCAGUGUGGAAAAUCACAAGUGAAGCCAUCGAUCAGCUGCAUCGCUCACUUGAGUCAUGUCCUGGUGAGACGGCUGUUGCAGAAGAUCCCGCUGGGCUGAAGGUCCCUUUGUUACUACACCAGAAGCAGGCAUUGGCUUGGUUACUGUGGCGGGAAAGUCAGAAGCCACGAGGAGGGAUUCUGGCGGAUGAUAUGGGCUUAGGAAAAACCCUGACAAUGAUUGCACUCAUCCUGACCCAGAAGAAUCAAGAGAAAAAGAAAGAAAAGGAGAAAAGCACAGCUUUGACGUGGCUCUCCAAAGAUGACUCUCCUGACUUGACUUCCCAUGGAACACUAAUCAUCUGUCCUGCCUCCCUGAUCCAUCAUUGGAAAAAUGAGGUGGAGAAACGGGUGAACAGCAACAAACUAAAAGUCUAUCUCUACCAUGGGCCAAACCGGGAUUCACGUGCCAGAGUCCUCUCUACAUAUGACAUCGUGAUCACUACCUAUAGCCUUGUGGCCAAGGAGAUUCCCACAAACAAGCAAGAGGCAGAGAUCCCAGGGGCAAACCUCAGUGUGGAGGGCACCUCAACACCUUUGCUUCAAAUAGCCUGGGCUCGAAUCAUAUUGGAUGAAGCUCACAAUGUUAAGAAUCCCCGAGUGCAGACAUCCAUAGCUGUGUGUAAGCUACAAGCCUGUGCCCGUUGGGCUGUCACUGGAACCCCCAUUCAAAACAACUUAUUGGAUAUGUAUUCACUGCUGAAGUUUCUCCGUUGCUCUCCAUUUGACGAGUUCAAUCUGUGGAGGAGUCAGGUUGACAAUGGCUCAAAGAAAGGAGGAGAACGGUUAAGUAUUUUAACCAAGAGCCUUUUGCUGAGGAGAACAAAAGACCAGCUGGACUCUACUGGCAGACCUUUGGUGAUACUGCCCCAGCGUAAAUUUCAGUUGCACCAUUUAAAGCUUUCUGAAGAUGAAGAGACGGUUUACAAUGUGUUUUUUGCAAGAUCAAGGUCAGCUCUGCAGUCCUAUCUAAAAAGGCAUGAAAGUAGAGGCAACCAAUCUGGAAGAAGCCCUAAUAAUCCAUUCAAUAGAGUGGCACUGGAGUUUGGGUCCGAGGAGCCUAGACACCCUGAGGCAGCAGACUCACCAAGAUCCAGCACCGUCCACAUACUGUCCCAGUUGCUGAGACUCCGCCAGUGUUGCUGUCAUCUUUCUUUACUGAAGUCGGCCCUGGAUCCAAUGGAACUGAAGGGUGAAGGUCUUGUCCUUUCCCUGGAAGAACAGCUCAGUGCUCUGACCUUGUCAGAACUCCGCGACUCAGAGCCGUCUUCCACUGUUUCCCUUAACGGCACCUUCUUCAAGAUGGAACUUUUUGAAGACAUGCGAGAGAGCACCAAGAUUUCAUCUCUGUUGGCAGAAUUGGAGGCAAUUCAAAGAAAUUCAGCGUCCCAAAAGAGUGUAAUUGUCUCUCAGUGGACCAACAUGCUGAAAGUUGUAGCAUUGCACCUGAAGAAGCACGGACUGACUUAUGCCACCAUUGAUGGCUCUGUCAACCCCAAGCAGAGAAUGGACUUGGUAGAGGCAUUUAACCACUCCAGAGGCCCUCAGGUAAUGCUAAUCUCUCUCUUGGCCGGAGGUGUUGGUCUAAACCUGACUGGAGGAAACCAUCUCUUUCUUUUGGACAUGCACUGGAAUCCGUCACUUGAGGAUCAAGCUUGUGACCGAAUUUACCGAGUAGGGCAGCAGAAAGAUGUUGUCAUACACAGAUUUGUUUGUGAGGGAACAGUAGAAGAAAAGAUCUUACAGCUCCAAGAAAAAAAGAAAGAUUUGGCCAAACAAGUUCUAUCAGGGUCUGGAGAAUCUGUCACCAAGCUCACCUUGGCUGACCUCAGAGUCCUUUUUGGCAUCUAACCUCCCGUGGAUAAGGGCUCAGAAUAGCACCAUUGCUGGUUUGUAUUAGGAUCUGGGAAUAACAACCUAAUCAUGAGCCUUGAA